AUGUCUUCCGCUGCAGACUUUCCUGAUGAUGGCAAGGUUGAGAAAGGCCAAGGCCGGGGUGAUCAGCUAUCAGUGGUGCAGAUGGGAAACGUAGCGGAUCUCGCGAGCCCCGAAGCAGAUAACAUCCGCUGGAAGAUUGACUGUGUGCUGCUUCCGUUGCUAGGCGUUUGCUACAUGCUCCAGUUCCUGGACAAGCAGAGCCUAAGCUACGCAUCCCUACUGGGGAUCCUGGAAGAUGUCCAGCUGGUCAACCGCCAGUUUUCGUGGACCGCGUCGAUCUUCUACUUUGGCUUCAUCUUCUGGUCCUAUCCGACGGUGUAUCUUUCGGUCCGAUUGCCGAUUGGGAAGUACCUUAGCUGUACCGUAAUCCUAUGGGCGGCUGUCCUCAUGUGUCAUGCGGCAUGCCGCAGCUUCUCUAGCCUCAUGGUCACUCGUUUCUUUCUCGGAGCGUUCGAAGCGUCCAUCGCUCCCGGGUUCUCGCUGAUCACAGGAAAAUGGUAUACGCGCAAAGAGCAGCCUCUCCGCUACGGGCUCUGGUUCGCGGGAUCUGCCGUGGCGAGUCUCUUCGGCGGCCUAGCCGCAUAUGGGAUUGGGCACCUCAACGGUCCUCUUGCCCCAUGGCAAUACCUGUUCCUUAUAUUUGGUGGGACGACUGCCUUCUGGGGCAUGGUGAUGCUUGUCCUUCUUCCCGACAGCACCAACAAUGCCCUGUGGUUGCGAAAGACCCAGCGACAAGUUGCAGCACAUCGUGUGCGGGAACCCUCGCCGGAAGCGCAGGGUGGCACCUACAAACCCUACCAGGUAGUGGAGGCUUUCAAGGACCCCGUUACUUGGUGCCUAUCGCUCUACUCAUUCAGCGUCAAUAUCGCAAACGGUGGUUUGACCUCGUUCGGCUCUCUUGUGAUCCAGGGAUUCGGCUACGAGGGGAUCCAAGCCCUACUCAUCCAAAUGCCGACCGGCGCAGCUCAGUUGGGCUUUAUUAUUGUCGGUGCCGUCAUAUGCUCCUACUUCCGAGACGUUCGGACUAUCGUCAUCUUCAGUUUCGCCGUCAUCAGCAUGAUGGGCAUGGUGCUGAUGUAUGUGCUGGAUGAGAAGAACCAAUCCGGCCGCUUGGCCGGUUUCUGUCUCAGUCUCGCCUUUUCGGCGAGCAUGCCCAUCUCCUUGUCGCUGGUCACGAGCAACGUGGGCGGAAUGACCAAGAAGGCCACCGUCAAUGCAUGUGUGCUGGUCAUGUAUUGUGCAGGGAACAUCGUCGGCCCACAGUUCUUCAACGUCCGGGAUGCACCGAACUACCCCAAAGGCAUCCGGGCCAGUCUGGCUGGGUUCUGUCUGGGGGCGUUUUUCAUCGCAGUGCUGCGGGUGUACCUGAUGUGGGCGAACGCACGACGUGGCUGGCAGCCGAGCGGCGCAGAGAGCAUCGUGUCCGACCACGAGGAUAAGACGGACUGGGAGAUUCCUUCCUUUCGCUAUGUUUUGUGA